AUGCUUUUGCACCAUUGCCGUCCCUACUUGACACACGCAUUACGACGCGCUCCAUAUGGCACUUUACGCCGUGCCAAUUCCACAUUGGUCGAAUUCAAGAACGCCAAUAUCUACCGAUUCGGUACCAAGGAACCCGUACUCAAGGACCUGUCACUCGACCUUAAACGCGAUCAACGACUUGUCAUUGUUGGCCCUGUAAGCGCAGGCAAAUCAACACUUGCAGAGGCGUUGUCAGGUCGACACCUCGUUCAGCCUAUCACUGCAGCAUCAUGGCCGCUUAUCGACAAAUCAAAGUCCCCUUAUCCAUCCGAUCAUAUCCAUCUUGUUUCUUUCAGAGAAGACUCGAAUGCUUUUUCAUACAGUGGCCACUAUUAUCAGGAGCGAUUCAACUUUAGUGAUCCCGACAAUGAUGUUACACUGAAGCAAUAUCUCGAGACUGAGCAAACCACCCAAGAAGCCAUUGACAAGGUUGCUGAACAAUUGGAUGUUGCCCAUUUACUAUCGCUUUCAUUCGUCAAGUUGUCAAAUGGUCAAACUCGACGUGCACGUAUUGCUCGUGCCUUGUUGCGCCAUCCUUCCAUGCUUAUUUUGGAUGAACCCCUCAUGGGAUUGGAUGUUCAACAUCGACAAAAGAUGCUCAAGAUUCUUGGUGAUUUGGCCGAAUCGGGAAUGCCUGUUGUCUUGGUGUUGCGUCCUCAGGAUGAGUUUCCAUCAUGGGCAACGGAUGUAGUGGCUCUCAAGGACCUCAAGAUUGAUUGGAGAGGGGAUCCUGCUGAAUACAUCAAGAAGCGAGACGCCAUCAUGGCAAAAGAGAAGGCGGAUAAGGAAGCUUAUUUGAAGAAACAAGAGGCUCUUGAACAGCAACAACAAGUCAUGCGUGAUCCAGUGGUCGAAUUGAAAAAGGUCAAUGUCAUUUACAGCGGCAACAAGAUCUUGGAUAAUAUUACUUGGACUGUGCGUAAAGGCGAGCGAUGGGCAUUGUUAGGUCCCAAUGGAUCCGGGAAAACAACAAUGCUUUCGUUCUUGACCGGUGAUCAUCCACAAGCCUAUGCGAAUGAACUUUAUUUGUUUGGUCGUCGACGUGGUACAGGUGAAUCCAUUUGGGACAUCAAGCAACGCGUGGGUGUUGUCAGCCCUGAGAUCCAUCUCUACUUCAAUCAAAUGAUGACUGGUCUUGAAGCUGCUGGUACUGGAUUUUAUGAUGUUGUCGUACCUCGUGAGUUGGAUGACAAGCAAACAGAAACGGUGAACAAGUUUUUCAAGGACUUUGGCAUGGAAUCCUUCCUCUCAAAGCGUCUUCGUGACAUGUCAUCAGGUGAACAACGCAUGAUCUUACUUAUUCGUUCUCUUGUAAAAAUGCCGGAUCUGAUUAUUUGGGAUGAGCCAUUCCAAGGCCUCGAUGUGGAUAUGAUCAAGUCGGUGAACCAAUGGCUUGAAGAUCAUAUGCGUCCUGAACAAUCGCUGAUUCUUGUCACUCAUCAUGAGGAAGAAAUCCCUCGAGCAGUAACCAAACGAUUCCAUCUUGGCCCUGGCGGAGUAGAUGCUAACUAG